AUGGCAGCUCCCGUAGAAAGAUUGUUAGGUGAUUAUGGUGGAGCAAAUGCACCAGCCGGACGGAUGACGAUUGUGAAUCAACCGGUCGAUGUCGCUCACUUUCAGUUGCAUCCAGCAAUGAUACGACAACUUGAAAAGAAACCUUUCUCUAGAAGAAUUAAUGAAGAUGCAAACAAACACUUGCAGAGGUUUCUUACUAUGACAACGUCGUUAAAAAUAGAGGGGCAUUCUGAAGAGGCGAAGAAACUGAAGGAAGGAGAAUCACUUGGAGAUGCAUAUAAAAGGUUCAAGCGGUUGUUAGUUGCAUGCCCAGCUCAUAACAUGGAUGUAACCGAACAAAUGCAGAACUUUGUGAAUGGUCUGAAGUUGAAAACUAAGCAACUAAUUGACACACCUGUCGGUGGUUCAACAAAUUUUAAAACAGCCACGGAGAUAAAGAAGAUCAUAGAUGCUAUUGCGGCAAACGAACAUUUAGAGCUGUAUGACCGCAGUGUUAAUCAACCAGAGGGGUUAGUUGAUUUGAAGCUGUCAAAUCAAGUUGUGAAAAUGGAAGAUCAGAUUGCAGCUGAAGUUGAGCGCAGAUUGAAACAAAUGGCACUUGAAAAGCAAACUGUUGCACAGGUUCAACCAGCUCAGUCGAUUCAAGCGGUAAACUGUGAAAUAUGUGGAGGACCUCACUUUGCCAUGCAUUAUCAACAAGGAAAUGUUCCUAAACAAGGGGUUACUCCAUAUCAAGGUUUACCACAACAACAACAAUAUCGGCCACCACCACAACAACCAUAUCAGCAACAAUAUCAACAACCUCAGCAACAAUUUCAGCAACAAGAACAAAGAAAAGCAGAUUGGGAAAUUGCCAUUGAAAAAAUGGCUGCUCAGAGUUCUCAAUUCCAAGAAGAAACAAGGAGUAAUUUUCGGAACACAGGUGCAUCCAUUAAGAAUCUUGAAAUUCAGAUGAGUCAGAUAGCACAACAACUAGUAAGUCCUCAACAACCUGGUGCUCUGCCUAGUGCAACAAUUCCAAAUCCCAAAGAUCACAAUAAUGUGAGUGCCAUAAUCACUAGAAGUGGUAAAGCAAAAGAAGCUAUGAAGGAAAGUGCCGAAGGAGAAGAGCCAUUAUUGGAAGUUGAUCUAGAAAUAAAGGAGAAUGAGAUGGAAGCUGAAGAUUUGGCUGUGUCAGAACCUGUGACAAAAGAGAAGGAGGUUGAGCCAAAACCGACCAUUAAACUUCCUUUCCCUACAAGAAAUAAGAAGAAGGGGCAGCAUGAGAAAAAUUUUGAAAAAUUCUUGGAGAUGUUCAAAAAGCUUGAGUUAAACAUUCCUGUCCUGGAGGCGUUGGAGCAAAUGCCUACAUAUGCCAAAUUCAUGAAGGACAUCAUCUCAAAGAAAAGAACCACCGAUCGUGACCCUAUUAUUCUAACUGAAACUUGUAGUGCUAUUUUGCAGGGUAUGAAGAUCCCGGUGAAAAAGAAGGACCGAGGUUCCGUGACUAUCCCUUGCACAAUUGGGGAUCGGUCCUUCAAGAAAGCUCUUAUCGAUUUAGGAGCAAGUGUGAGUCUUAUGCUGCUAUCUAUUUACAAAAGGCUAGGAAUUGGUAAAGUGCAAGAUACAAGGAUGACACUCCAAUAUGCAGAUCAUUCAGUAAAGAGACCUUACGGGAUAGUAGAAGAUGUGCUUGUAAAGAUUCAUAAGUUUGUGUUCCCAGUGGAUUUUGUCAUCUUAGAGAUGCCGGAGGAUGAAGAAAUUCCGAUAAUUUUGGGAAGACCAUUCUUAGAGACUGGAAGAUGUUUGAUAGAUAUAGAAGGCACAAUGACUUUGAAGGUAUAUGAUGAGGAGUUAAAAAUUGAUGUUCGAAACACUAUGAAGUAUAAGGAUGAUGUUGCAACCAGUCAACAUAUUGAGGUAAUUGAUCAAAUUGUUAUUGAUGCACAUGCUUUGAAGUCACAACAAUUACCUUUAGAGAGGGUGUUGAGUCUAUCAAUUUUUGAUGAAACGAAAGUGGUUGACGAAAAAGAAAUGGAAGUAAUAGCAAUGAUGGGAGCGAUACCAACUUUUAAAGGCUCUCGACAAAACCGAUGGGAGGAUCUAAGGCAACCUUUAAUGGAGGAGAAGAAAGAUGAAUAA